ACGUUCCGAGACCCACGAUUCGAAUCCAAACAGUGAAAUUCUGAUGCUGCAAUCCGAACUUGGAGCCGCGAAAUUCAGAGAGGCUGAAUUGACAUUGGCGAUAGGCGAACUAAAGUAUCACAUAGAGGAAGUGGAUCGAUUGAUUAAAGGGGAUCCCAAUUUUCUGGCCUUCUUUAAUUCCCUCAGCCUCAGAGACAAGCCGACCGGAGGGCCGGGCCAGGCUGUCGUAGACACGCCUCAAAAACGUCAGUCCGCCUGUCUACCUGCCAGCGGAGCCAGAGCCUACAACCGUCACCGACUCCGACGUGCUUCAACACUCGCCGGAGAACAACUCUUCUCUGAGUCGACAGCCAACAUCUUUGCUUCGGCUAAUGUGAACUUGAAGACCGGAUCUGAACUGAGCCAAGGCGACAUGGAGGAAAAGGUUGAAGAAACCACAAGUGCAGUGGUUGUAGGC